AUGGCCAUGCUCAGCGUUAUAGGUUCCAGCUCAAUUAUUGCCUAUGCCAUCUUUCAGAACGCAGUGAGGUCCCCUGAGGUUCGUCCACUCUUCUACCUGAGCCUCUCUGACCUCUUUCUGGGCAUGUGCUGGCUCGCUGGGGCGCUUCUCUACAGCACACCAACCUCCAAGCAGGACCUCGUCUGCUACAACCUACAAGCCACAGGACAAAUAUUCUAUGUGGCCUCUUUUCUAUACACUGUCAACUACACCUGGCAUCUGUACAUGGACCUAAAGAUGAAAUACAACCAGAACCUUUUCAGGAUACCCCCCCAGGUUGUAGAUUAUGCGAGUUGCAUUGGUCGAAUAGCAACGAUCUUGUCCAGCUUGAUUCCUCUCCUUCUCAUGGUACCCGUGUUUUGCCUGGGCAACAGCAGCAAUUGCUACCAGAACUUCAGCCAGAAGCAUGGAUGUCUCUUGAUGCACACGGAAAUAGCCGUGCCCACCAACGAGCCGCAAACCCUGAGUGGCUCUGUUUGCCGUGCGAUGCAUUUCUAUGGCAUUGGGGUCUUCCUCAUCUCCUUUCUGAUCAGCUUUAUUGCCAUUCUGGUUAUACUCAGUCAAGCCCGAGGCUUGUAUAAAAGGUUUGUGAACUCCACAGGAUUCCUGGGGGAUCAGCAGUGGGCCAUGAUUAAGAUGGUAGAACAACGGGUGGUUUUUUACCCCAUCACCUUCUUCUGCUGCUGGGCCCCAGCUGUCCUUCUUGGAAUAAUGAAGCUGACCGUUUCAACAAACAGCAAAAUCUACAUGGCUCUUCUCAUCCUACAGGCCCUAACAGCAGCUUCCCAGGGGCUUCUGAACUGCAUCGUGUACGGCUGGACACAGCACAUCUUCCUCUCCCUCAAACGCAACACCUGCCGGGACGUUGACACUCAGACUCCUCUCCUGCGCUCCCAGAAGAAGUUCUACUCCAGCACGCUCCCCACCAGCCCACCAGACACAGAGGGCUCCACGUCCACCCUGCUCUGA